AUGACCAUCAGCAUGCAUCUCCUCGACCUCCCAUCAGAGAUCAUCCUCGAAAUCGCAGACCACCUUCCCUCUCAAUCCGACAUUAACGAAUUUUCUAAAACAAACCACCGCCUCAACGCUCUCCUCACCGGCUACCUCUACAACUACAACACAAAACACAACAAUGCCUUCCCCCUCGCCUACGCCGUCUCCUACGGCCAGGAGGACAUCGCCAAAAAGGCGCUCCAGUACGUCGCUCACGUAGACGCUGCUGUUCCCGACUUGUGCGAGCGGGGGGAUCCGUUCCAUCGCCCGAUUUGCAUAGCUGCGAGGUAUAGUGAUGCGGGGAUGGUUGCGCUCUUGGUGGCGUAUAAGCCGGACCUGGGGACAGUGUGCUGUGGGAAUCGGUCGCCGUUGUCGUGUGCGGCGGGGCGGAUGUGGAGGUGGAGUCCAGAUGAUGAGCUGGCCAAGUUGCUGAUUGAGAAUGGGGCAGAUGUUAAUGCGAGCGAUGAACAUGGGGGCACGGCGUUGCAUAUCGCGGCAGAAGUGGGGAGUGAAGCUGUUAUUGGGCUGCUGCUUGACUCUGGGGCGGAUGUCAACGCCAAAAAGACAUGGGGAACUACGCCGCUGCAUGUUUCCGCGGAAUACGGCCAGGUGAAGUCUGCGGAGAUACUGCUCGAUCGAGGAGCUGAUAUCGACGGUGAGCGCAAAUGGACACCGCUGGCUGAGGCCUUGCGUCUUAUGAGAGCAGAUAUGGCGCGAUUACUCGUUGAUCGCAGCGCCAGUCUCGAGAACAAGAACUUUUUGAUAUGUCUGGCUGCUCGGGGUGGAAUGCGAUGGUUGGUCGAUCGACUGCUUGAACUCGGGGCUUCGGUGGAUGGCGAAGGAGAGGGUGAUGAUAGAGAACAGCCACCGUUGUGCGGUGCUACAUCCUACGAACAUACCGAUAUAGUGAAACAACUACUGGAAGCCGGGGCAAACGUCAACAUCGGACAAGGAAAUGAUUGGACGCCGCUUUUAAUUGCUGCUAGGCAUGGAGACCUUGACACGUUGAGCGUCAUCCUCGACUACAACCCUGACCUGGAAGCUUUGGUGGCUGAAUACGAGGACGGACCUCUGGUAACAGCACUAUGGGUAGCUGUAUCCGGGUACCACGACGAGUGCGUCAGGCUCUUGCUGGAUAAAGGCGCAAAUCCCAACUGUCCGGAUACCGAAGAUGGCAUCUAUCCUCUGCAGUUCGCACUCCAGUCUUCCAAAUGGGCGAUGGCAGAUAAAUUACUCGACCACGGCACACAUGCCCACCUUGUCAUGGGAGGCGAGAGUCCACUAUUCCUCGCUGUACGAGGAGGAUCCGAAUCGACUGUUCGAAAGUUGCUGGAAAGGGGGGCAAAUCCGAAUGUCUACUCGGAUGAUUUUGACGAAGAUCGCACAGAUGCUGCUGGAUUAUGGGGCUGA